UCAGAUCUCAUCAAACAAAAAAGAAGAAGUAGAAAAAAAGGAAUAAUUACUGAUAAUAAUAAAUCCACUAAAUAACGAUAAUCUCACGUGUGAUCAUCGUAUUAAAUACAAAAGUAAUUCAAAUGAAAAAAAUUCUCAAUUUAUUACUUCCUGUGAAAAAAUAUUAAAAAAAGAAAAGAAAAGAAAAAAAAAACAGAAUUGCGUAUAUUUUUGGUGUACAUACCAAUGUGCCGGAUAAUUUAAUACAUAUAUACUCAUGUGUAUAUGUUUGCAUGAAUGUAUGUAUUUUAUAUAUGUGUAUGUUUAUGAAUACUGUAUUGUCCCGAAAACGAAGAAACGAAACGAUUUGCAGAGGUGCUGAUGCUGCCUGGCCGGGCUGCUUGCUGGUUAUUUUCUACGCUGCAUGUUAUAUGCAUUUGUUGGUGUUUGUUAUUAUAAUCACGAAUGGGAGGGAGUUUAAUAUUAACCAAAAAAGGAAAAAGUCAUCAAAGAAAAACUGAUAGGGUGGUUAUAACGAUAAACUUCGUCAUUUGUUUUGUUUUGUGUUUUUUAUUUUUUUUUUUAUUUUUCAAAACUUACUCUAUACGAAAGUGGGAAAUAAUGUGUUACGUUGUUUCAUGUUUAAGUGCAACUUAAGCGAAAGUUUGGUAAUAAAAAUAAAAGAAAUACAAGUAUGCUUACAUACAUAUAAAAAUAUUUCUUCCAGUACACAUGUAUGUGUAUGGAUUUAAGAACUGAGUAAUAAAUAGCAUUUGUUUUAUAAAUAAUUUUUCUGCAAAGGAUCAACAAAGUAAAAGCAUGCAAAUCGUAUUUAGUUCAUGUUUGGGUAGUUAAAGUGGGAAAUCGUAAUAAUUAUGCGUGAAAAGCAAUAAACAUACAAUAUAUAAGCAGUAUCAAAAAUUUCCUGUACUAUAGCAGGAUUAUAUCGCACAAUCCUAUAUGACUUUUUUACGAGCGUGCGCGUGUGUCGGUAAAAACGCGAAAAAGCAUUUAAACAUUGUAACGUAAUCAAAUACUGAUUCCUUGUGUGGGAAAUAGAUAUAGUGCGUUGUGAUUAAAAGUGUGUUAAGAUGGAUAGUUCGCCGGAUCUAUCUUUAAAAUUGAGGCGUGGCUCAAGUGAUUCGCGCGAUAAUUUUUAUAUGGAUUUUGCUCAAGGUAUCGAUUCAGAUAUAGAAGAGGUUGAUAAUACGGCAUUACAGGAACCGACCGCACCACCUCUGCCCAUAGUGGAUGAAUUGGAUUAUGUAGGUAUUCCUCCGCCGCCGCCGCCAGUAAUGUCAGUUAUGACUCAACCUCAGGUAUUACCAACUUUAAGUGAACAUGAUGAUUUGCCUUCGCCUCCGGUGUCGCCUACAUCAUCAGUUUUAGAAAUGAUGCCACCACCACCAAUAUCUCCAGUCGCAGCACGAAGACCUGCACAGCCUCAACCUCCCUCGCCGCCUAUUGAGACCGAAGAUGAAGACGAUGACGAAGCCGAAGAUGGGGCUGAUGCUGACAUAGAGGAGACACCUGAUGAGGAACCUGAAAAUAUGGAAAUUGCUAAUGAUAAGAAUGUUAUAAGUGUUAACGGGAUCAUUGAUAUUGGCGAAGAAAAUGAUGAAAAUAGAUGUGUUCCUCCUCCACCACCUAAUCAAUAUUCCUAUAGUCCAAGUAAUGAUGACGAUCAGCUUCCACAGCCCAUGCAAGGUAGUACACCUUCUAUUUCCCCGUCACCCCCAAUAACGCCACCACCCUGUCCAGAAUUGACUUCUUUGGCCAAAAUAGUUUCGCCGCCACCUGUUCACGUUUCGCAAAUACCUCCUUUAACGCCACCAUCGGAAAGUGAUCAAUCUCAACCGAACUCGCCAACACCUCCUAAACAAAAAACAAAACAAAGCACAAUGGCAACAACACCACCGCCACCUCCUGAAUAUGAUAUGGAAGAAAGGGAAACGUCUACACCGCCACCCGAAUUUGCAGAGUUAACAAAAAAAAUGCAGUCACAUCCUCAAGAAGGCAGCGAAGAUGAGGAGGCUAUCGAUUUAUCCGCGGUGAUUGAAGCUCCUUCUUUAAAUUUGGUGCAAGAAAUUUUACAAGAAGUUAAUCAAGAAUUGGAGCCGGAAGAAACUAAAUCCGCAAAUGAUGACGAAUCUACUACGAUUACUACGCCACCUACAAAUGGUUAUUCAGGUUCUUCUAUUUUGGGUCAGCAUACAGAACAAAUUGAUGAAAUUGAACAACAAGAUAAUGAAUUAUUAUUAGUAAAUAUUCCGCCCCCUCCAGGUUUAGAGGAUGGCCCGGAGCAGGAGCCAAUUGAAGAGGAGGAAGCCGAAGACGAUGAUGACGACGAUGAUGAUGAAAAGAUGAGAACAAGGACACCAGUCUCAGAAACUAAACCUUUGGACUUGGAUGAAGACUCGGCACCACCUUCAUCUCAAGUGAAGGAUGAACAAGAACUAAUUGAGGGUGAAUUCGAACAAGGGGAAGACAAGAGAGUUUCCAUCCCCGGUACUCCUACUUCUCAGAUAUCUCAAAUUUCACAAGCAACACCAACUCCAACAAUUUCCGGUUCUCCGAAACGUAAAAGUAGUGUUACUAGCGCCGGGGGAGGCAGCGGUAGUCGUGUUCCUAGUCGUAGUGUAAGCCGCAGCGGUAGCCGCAGGGGAAGCAGAGAACCUGCCAGCCGUAGUGGUAGUAUAAGAGGCGCAGUUGGAAGUAUAAGUUCUAGAGCGGGUAGUAUAGCAUCAGCAGUUGUUUCGAUAGCAUCGAAAGCUGAAAUUAUAACCUCUCCUCCUACUUCAAUGAAAUCUAUACGAAGUCCACCAGGUUCGAUACGUUCUCAUACAUCAAGACCUAGUCCUUCAGCUUCGCAAAAGAAUUUGGCACAAAAAAUUUCAUCGCCAACACUUUGCGGCGGCCGUUUACAAUCACCGCCAGAGGGUGAUAGCCCGCCAGCUAUGCCCUCACCACCGAUUAUACGUAGUCCGCAACAAGCCAAGAGUCCUCUAUCGAUGCAUAGUCCACCAAAGGUUACCAGUCCUCCAAGGGUCUACAGUCCGCAAGUGAUCAGUAGCCCACUCUUGAACAAAAUGGAAACAUCAAGUGAAAUACCAGAAAAACCCACUAUCACCGAAUCAUUACCCUCCACAUCUUCAUCUGUUUCGGCUACUGCCACUACUACUACUGCUAUUUCAUAUCAAGACGAACAGCAGCAGCAGCAGCAGCAGCAGCAGCAACAGCAGCAGGUGACAGUGUUACAAAAAUUCCCGGUAGCACGCCAUCAGAUAAGCAGUCAUCAUCAUUAUCAUUUGCCACAUCAAUUUCAACAUCCACAUCAUCAGAAUCAUCAUACACAUUCACAUGGUGUGGUCCCGGUGCCUACACCUACGGUGCCAGCAUCAUAUACCAGUUCAAGUUUACUGCAAGAAGGGCGUCAUGUUCGCGCUCCUAGCAGCAGCGGCGAUGAGAGCAUUUUGAGACGUUCAUCACCACCACCACCAUCGGCACCACCGCCGCCGCCAGUAACAACAACAUCGUACAGUUUAUUAAUAACUACAGACACAGUUACCGUGUCGCCUGCUAAGCUAUCUGGUCGCUUACGCGAUUCGGGCUCCCAACAUCGUGUCACUAUCGAUGAAUCCAAUUUAACUGGUGUCGUAUGCGGGGGUGGUGGCGAUGAUAAUGGCAAUGGUUCGGGACCCUCAUCGCCGGGUAGUUCGUCCCAACAGCAAUUAACGGGUGAUGAUCGCCCCGCCAAUCAUUUGGCAUUGAUGUAUCAUUCUAGUCAGUUAAGUAAUUUACCAGUGCUGCCAGCAAUUAAACGAACUCAUCGACCCUCAUUUAUAUAUCCACCGAUGCCGAGAGUAAGAUCCGGUGAUGCAUUGGCAACAUUAUUUUCAGCUUUAUAUGGUAAACUGUUGGUUGUUAUGGGUAUAGCAUUUCCAAUGGCCGAAGUUAUAUCCACCUAUAUACCACCUUCAUUUUACGAGGUGUAUUAUUUAUAUUUAUAUAUUGGUAGCAUGAUCUUCUUGCUGUUCAUGUACGCGACACUGUUGUGGGGACGUCCUAAACUACCCAUUAAUAUCGCUUCACCUACAAAAUCAUCGGCCAAAACGAGAUCAACCAGCGCUUCGGAAAGUAUGGAUGAAUCAGAUACUGAAAGUAAUUCAGUUCAUAAUAAACGUUUAUCCUCAGUUCAGAUACCAACGGCCCGUAGACCUUCGUUACUAUCACCUUUGGGACGGCAACAUCAUUAUGGCAGCUUUUAUUUACGUAUGGGUGCAGUAGCUUUCGGCAUCGGCAGUAUGAUUUAUUCAGGCUUGGAAUUUGGUCAAUAUUUUGAACUUAAUCCGGACACUAAAUGCCAUAACGUAUUGCUGGCCUUAACUCCCGCUACACGAAUGGCUUUCAUAUUUAUACAAAUGUAUUUUAUAUUUCUAAAUAAUGAGCAAAUUAAAGUCUACCGUUAUAAAAUUAUAGCGCGUUUCGGUCUAAUGCAUAUGAUUGGUACUAAUUUGGCGGUUUGGUUAAAUGUGCUCAUUCAGGAGACUAAGCAUGAAAUAUUGACAUUUUAUAAUCCAGAAAAUCGCACUCUACGCAUAUCACAUCGUAUACCAGGCCAUUCUCGUGCUCAUUCCAUAUUAGCUUCAUCCGAGCCCGCCGCUCAUUUGCGAGUACCGCGUGGACUUAAAGGUCCCUAUCAGAUAUUUGAAUGCCGUCGUACUAAUAUUUUGGGAACUUUGGUACAAGAUGCCUCGCCGUUUUUGUUUCCAUGUACCAUUGAGUACUCGCUCAUAUGCGCGGCCAUUUUGUAUGUUAUGUGGAAAAGUAUAUCACGACCUCAAGCGCCUACGCCACAACGACCUGAUAUGAUAAGUUCUCCCUUAAAACGGUCGCCACAUCAUUACUCAGUGGAUUGUGCUCGCGCUCAUAAGGGACUUUUUGUGGGUAUUUUAGUAUUGGUACUGACCAUAAUAUCCCUCAUAUUGUUUUUUGUACUGAUAUCAAGACCUGAUUUUGUGGCUUUAGCUGUAUUGGAAGUGACUAUGUGCGAAUUAUUUAUUUAUGCUACAGCUACAAUAGCCACGUUAGUGGGCAUGAUUCAAAUACGUCAUUUAGAGUACGAUGCUGUACGUAGUUUCUCGCUGGAUGAUAUAUUGCUGGUUGGAGCUCAAACCGGUUCGUUUCUUUAUAAUAUAUUUACGGUUAUAGCGGGACAUUUCUCUGUGCGUAGCGAUGAUUGGCUGGUCCCGAUUAAUGCUUUGGCUUCGAUAGUGCAAACCGCUUGUCAAACAAUGUUUAUUUUGGAUGCUGGACGUCGUCAAGCGAUUACGCCCGAGCAUAUGCGCAAAAAGCCCGGUCGAGAAAUUGUUACGUUUAUGUUAGUGGUUAAUCUCGCAAUGUGGGCAAUAAGUACAUUGGAAAAGUCUCGGGCUGAAUCGCAUCCUAUACAAUUGAAUUUCUAUGGUUUAUGGGCUUGGACGAUUAUAACUCAUGUAUCGAUGCCAUUGGCAAUAUUCUAUCGCUUUCAUUCUACGGUAUGUUUAUGUGAAAUCUGGAAGCGCGCUUAUAAAAUGAAACCUACGUUUAUGUGAGAAAUCGCUCGUGAGCGCAUUGCU